GCUGGGCCGCCAGGCUGUGUCCGCCCCGCGCCGCCCUCGCCCGCCGCCCCCGCUCGCGCCCGCCCCCCGCGCGUGCAGCCCCGCAGGGCCCCCAGGACGACAUGUGAGCCCUGCCGCCGCCAGGUCGCCGCCCUGGUGCCGGGGCCCGGAGCCCGCCUCGCACGCCAUGGAGACCGCGCUCGCGCUGCUGGUGGUGAUCGCCGUGCUCCUUGUGGAUAACAGCGCGCAGUUUGACUUCACCAAAGCCAACUUCGAGGCGGCGUUCCAAGGCCGGUGCGGGCGCGAGAGCCCCUGCGAGCAGCUCUGCUUUGAGCUCCACGACGGCAUGUUCGAGUGCGAGUGCCGCGAGGGUUACGUGCUUCACCUCAACGGCUACGGCUGCCUCGAUCCAGAGCAGCAGAAGAUUUGGCAUCGCUUUCCAGAUUCCGUUGAUGCAUGUUUGCUGAUGAUGCAGGGUUCCCCAUUUAAGCGUGAGGGUCCUUCAAGCCACUAG